GAACCUGAACCAACUCUCCAGCUGUAUCUGCGAGUCAUCAUGGCUGGUAAUAUUGGAAAAGUUUUCAAGAAGAUGAGUAAAAAUGCCAAGCUCACCCUUUACCUGGGGAAGCGGGACUUUGUAGACCACAUUGACAGUGUGGACCCAGUGGAUGGAGCUGUGCUGAUUGAUCCCGAGUACCUGAAGGAUAGGAAAGUGUAUGUAACAAUGACGUGUGCCUUCCGAUAUGGCCGUGAUGAUUUGGAUGUUAUGGGGUUGACGUUUCGAAAGGAUAUUUAUUUUGACGCAUAUCAGGUCUACCCACCACUGCCGGAGAACAAGAGGGAGCUGACCUGUCUGCAGACAAAACUGAUACACAAACUGGGGGAGAACUGCUACCCAUUCUUCUUCAAGAUCCCUACAAACCUGCCCUGCUCAGUCACCCUGCAGCCAGGACAAGAUGAUAUUGGAAAGUCUUGCGGUGUGGACUUCGAGGUGAAAGGAUUCUGUGCAGAAAAUCUGGAGGAGAAAAUCCACAAAAGGAAUUCUGUCUGCCUGAUUAUCCGCAAGGUGCAGUUUGCGCCGGAGGAAAGUAAGGUGAAACCCAAAGUGGAGACCACCCGGCAGUUCCUCAUGUCAGACAAGCCCCUGAACCUGCAGGUCUCUCUGGAGAAAGAGCUGUUUUACCAUGAGGAGCCCAUCAAGAUCACCGUCCACAUCAAUAACACCACCAACAAGGUGGUGAAGAAGAUCAAACUGUGGGUUGAGCAGAUCACGGAAGUGGUCCUUUACCAACUCGACAAAUAUGCAAAGGUCGUCAGCUCCGAGGAGACGGACGACACUGUGGCUGUUAAUUCCACCUUCACCAAGGUUUACUCGCUCACCCCGAUCCUGGAAUCCAACCGGCAGAAGCGAGGCCUGGCUCUGGACGGCAAACUCAAGCACCAAGACACCAACCUGGCGUCCAGCACCAUGCUCCGACCAGAACUGGAUAAGGAUGUGCUCGGAAUCCUGGUUUCUUACUGUCUGAAAGUGAAGGUCACAGUGUCACGAGGAGGGAUCCUGGGAGACCUGACCGCCAGUGAUGUAAUGGUGGACAUUCCGAUCAGUUUGAUGCACUCCAAACCCUCUGAACUUACCAGUAUGGAGGACAUUGUGAUCGAGGAGUUCAGUCGGCACAAGAUUAAGGGUGAGAAGGACGACGACGAAGAGGAGGAAGCGGCCGCCGGGCAGGAAAGCUAGAGACACCGACACAUCAACCGUUAGCGUGUUCAGCACAAGCCUGCACCGCCAACACGGGAUGUGACCAGCGGUACCGUCACCCACAGGGGAGGAGGGAGAGGGUAACGAGUGGUUGAAUAUCUCGUGUCAGAUCAAUUAACUGUCAGUGUGUAAAAAUACUCUGUGUGUAGUGAACACAUCU